AUGGCGGCCUCAUCAUCCGCCAUACCCAGGUUCCUGCUGCCCCAGUCCGGGCGCAUCUGGCGGCGGGCAAACCUCGGCAUCCACAACCGCCGCCAAUUUCCAGACCCUGACCUGCGCUUGGGCACCUUGGCCAGCCUGGCCAUCUUCGUAGCCACCGAGAACUUCAAGAGCAACACCCCCUUCGCCGACAUGCUCCCCGAGAGCUCCGACUACUGGGAGCACCCCAUCGUGUCGCUGUACACCCUGUACGAUGUCUGGCGGCUCACUCAGCUCCACAACUCGGCCAUCGUCGCCGAGAAGCGCAAGAAGAACGUCGACGACGUCGUCAAGCGCGCCGAGUACCGCAAGGCCCACGGGCUGGACAAGGAGGGCGGCUUCGGGAACUGGACGGCCAGGGACGACCCGCAGGCGCCACAGGCCGAGCCGGGGAAGAGGGACAAGUGGCUUGGGAUCUUCUAA